AGCGGCAGGAUGGGCAACCGGGUCGCCCGCGACGACUUCGAGUGGGUCUACACGGAGCAGCCCCACACGCAGCGCCGGAAAGAGAUCCUCGCGAAGUAUCCAUCCAUCAAGUCUCUGAUGGUACCGGAUCCCAGUUUUAAAUGGAUUGUGAGCGGAAUGGUCCUCACACAACUCUUGGCUUGCUACCUGGUGAAAGAUUUGUCCUGGAAAUGGGUCUUCUUCUGGGCGUACGUUUUUGGGGGCUGCAUUAACCACUCCCUGACACUGGCAAUCCACGACAUCUCGCACAAUGUCCCCUUUGGCAACAAGUGGCCCAAAUGGAACCGAUGGUUUGCCGUCUUUGCUAACCUGCCGAUUGGAGUCCCCUACUCUGCUUCCUUCAAGAAGUACCAUAUCGACCACCAUCGGUACCUCGGUGGACACAUUCUGGACACAGAUGUCCCCACCGACUUUGAGGGCUGGUUCUUUUGCACGCCGUUCCGAAAACUAAUCUGGGUCAUCCUCCUGCCCCUUUUUUAUGCCUUGCGACCUGUGUUUACGAACCCAAGGGCAGUGACUCCAAUGGAAAUCUAUAACACUUUGGUGCAGUUUUUGGCUGACUUCAUCAUCUACCACCUAUGGGGUUGGAAGCCUCUGGCUUAUUUGGUAGCCGGGACGAUACUGUGUACAGGCUUGCAUCCUAUUUCCGGGCACUUCAUAGCGGAGCAUUAUAUGUUCUUGAAAGGGUAUGAAACAUAUUCGUACUACGGGCCCCUCAACUGGAUCACCUUUAAUGUCGGUUAUCAUAUGGAGCACCAUGAUUUCCCAAGCAUUCCAGGGCACAAAUUGCCAAUGGUAAAGAAGAUAGCUGCAGAAUACUAUGACACGCUGCCUCAGCAUCAGUCUUGGGGUCGAGUUCUCUGGGACUUCAUUUUCGAUAAGGCCAUUGGCCCAUACACAAGGGUUAAGAGGAUAUGCAAGCCAGCAAAAAGUCUUGAAAGACAUGAUGACGGCGUUCCCUUUAAAAAAUUUGAUGUGCCCCCCGCCUCUUAG